UGUUAAUGUUAAUGCACGUGUUGUUGCAAUUUUAUCUAAUAUUGUGAAUAAGUUACGUAUUUAAAAAUGGGUAAAGCAAAAAAACUUAAGCCAUCUCAAGUUGCAAAAAAUGUAGCUCUUGCUGAUCAAAUCGAAGCAUCGAAUUCAGUAAAAAAUAAGAAUAGAACCAAGGAAAAAAACAGACAUGAUGACGAAGAUUUCGUUAACUCAGACUUAUCCAGUAAAAUUUUGAAAGCUGCACGAAGGCAGCAAGCAGAAUUGGGCAAUAGUGUUCCAUCAUCUUCAACAAACGCGCUUCCAGUAUCUUUUAAUGAUGCAGGAUCAGAAAACGAAGAUAGUUCAGACAAUGAUGAUUUGCAACCAGACACAUACUACGACAAUAUUGAAAUUAACGAAGAGGAUGAAGAGGCACUCAAAAUGUUUAUGUCGGCUAAACCUGAAAAGACAAGAACAUUAGCAGAUAUUAUAAAAGAUAAAAUAACAGACAAACAUACUGAACUACAAACUCAGUUUUCAGAUGUAGAAACUUUGAAAUUGCAAAAUAUUGAUCCAAGGAUAAGGACAAUGUAUCAAGGUGUCCGAGAUGUUUUACAAAAGUAUAGAUCAGGCAAAUUGCCUAAAGCAUUUAAAAUUAUACCACAUCUGCAAAAUUGGGAACAAAUAUUGUAUAUUACAGAACCCACAACAUGGUCUGCAGCAGCUAUGUAUCAGGCAACGAGAAUAUUUGCUUCUAAUUUAAAAGAAAAAAUGGCACAGAGGUUUUACAAUUUAGUUCUCCUGCCUCGUGUUCGUGAUGAUCUUGCUGAAUAUAAGAGAUUGAAUUUUCAUCUAUAUCAAGCUCUAAGAAAAGCAUUGUUUAAGCCAGGAGCUUUUAUGAAAGGAAUAUUACUGCCUCUGUUAGAAGCAGGUGAUUGCACAUUACGUGAAGCUAUAAUAGUCGGUUCAGUUUUGGCUCGGAACUCAGUACCAGUUCUUCACUCAAGUGCUGCUCUUUUGAAAAUAGCUGAAAUGGAAUAUACUGGUGCAAAUUCAAUAUUCUUGAGAAUACUUUUUGACAAGAAAUAUGCAUUGCCAUACCGAGUCGUUGAUUCAGUGGUGUUUCAUUUCUUAAGGUUUCAAAAUGAUAAUAGAUCUUUACCAGUGCUAUGGCAUCAGGCUUUGCUUACCUUCGUUCAAAGAUAUAAAGCUGAUAUAUCAACAGAGCAACGAGAUGCACUUUUAGAACUGCUAAGGAAACAGUCACAUCCAACAAUAACACAUGAAGUUCGGCGUGAAUUACAUGCAGCCAAAUGCCGUGAUAUUGAAAUAAAUGAAAAUUUACAAAACUGUAUGGCUGUGGAAUAGUUAUAUUGGUAAAAAAAAUAUUUUAUCAUAAUUUAAAUAUAUAAAUACAAAAGUAGAA